CUGACCCCCGCACUACCCUGCAACCUCCUCAUUUCACAUGCGGCAGAGUGAUUUAAGCUUAAGGUACAAGGGUACCUCACCGCUCCCCCCGACAUCUGCUGGGAGUUGAUUGAUAGCACGAUACUCGAUCCCAUGAAAUCUCCUCGGACUGUCCCGGUAGUAAAGAGACGGGCGCGAGCGCCCAAGGUGAAGACGGGCUGCUGGACAUGCAAGAAGCGACGUGUGAAGUGCGAUGAAGGCUUUCCUGCGUGCCUGAAAUGUACCAAAACCGGACGGAAAUGUGAUGGCUAUGAAGGGAGAGGGAAGGACGUUCUGGUGCCUCUCGAUCGCAAUGUAUUCCUAGAUCCGAUCGCCCGUCUCCCAUUCAGUUUCCCAUGCAGUGACGACCAGGAGCGACGAGCUUAUCAAUAUUUCUUUACCAAGACAGCCUCCGAGAUAGCGGGGUUUUUGCCAUCAGAUUUUUGGAACAAGUUGAUUCUCCAAGCCAGCCAUAAUGAUCCGACGAUUUUCCAUGCAGUCGUUGCUCUCGGCUCUGCUCACGAAAACUAUGGAGGAGAAUCUCCAGGACACUUGAGACGGGGCGGAGUCACACGACAACAAUUUGCCCUUCAGCAAUCCAACAAAGCCAUCGGCUAUUUACGAGCGCCUCAAUCCGGGGAAUCAGUUCUCCUAUCCUGCAUACUUUUCAUAUGCCUCGAAACCUUCCAAGGCAAUCACGAGGCAGCUCUGAUACAUCUUGAAAGUGGGCUGAAGAUUUUAGCAUCCUGGCUCCAUGAUGAUGACGAGCACCAGCCAGUGCUCAGCUCCGACUGUGUAUCCCGGCCUACCAGACAAUUUCUCGAAGAGGAGCUUGUUCCUCUAUUCACACGACUCGAUAUACAAGCGACGACAUAUCUUACUUCAAGAUCACUCAGAGAAGUGAACCCUUGCUCGAGUACUGCGGAACCAAAUAUGCCCACGCGAUUUACAUCUCUGAGUGACGCCAACACCCACUUGGCUGAUCUAGUACACUGGAUGCUUUACUGCAACAAUGGGGCACACAACAUGAUGUACUGGAUGGUGAACAAUCCGAUGGCGCAAUCGAAUUUUGGUCCUCCACCGUCCUCACCUGACGAUCCGAUCCCCAAGAUUCCAGGCGUGGUGCUGAAGAAAAUUCUGAAGAUCGAGACACAACAUAGCCGUAUCCUGCAACAAUGGCUUGAUGCACUGAAUCUCUACUUGAAAGAGAAUCCCAACUUGGACACCAAGGAUAUCCGUGGCGCCCUGAUGCUCAAAAUUCUGUACACCAGCACUACGAUUAUCAAAGCUGCGUCGCUCUACAACCACGACCUGGAAUACGACAAAUACAUCCCUGAAUUCGAACGCGUCAUCACGUUAGCAGAGUCCCUCAUUAAGUCCCAGUCAACUGCCAGAAACAAGAACACGCCGUUUUACUCCUUCGAGAUGAAUAUCCUGCCACCACUGCAUUACUGUUCAACGCGAUGCCGAGAUCCUAAACUCCGACGCAGAGCACUGGAACUUCUUGAAGACUCACCGAGGAGGGAGGGAAUGUGGGAUUCGGCGAUGCUGGCUGCGAUUGCAAGGUAUGUUAUUGCGGAGGAGGAAGCUGGACUGGGAGAAGUUUCUUGCGCCAGGGAAAUCCCUGCGUCGGCGAGGAUUUGUAUUCUGAAUAAGGUUCCUGUGUUGGAGGACAAGGAAUGCGUGAUCAAGUAUUGCAAGGGUGUGAGGAAUCCGUACACUAAGCUGGAUAUCAGGGAGGCGUUGAUUACUUGGUAACGGCGAGGAACGCGUUCAUAGAUUAAUAAUGAUACCCAAUUUGUACUUCCUUUUCAUUUACACCUCUACAAGUUACACAAAUUGCCGGGUCCAGGCAAGCGUCAGUAUUCAGCGCACUAUUCAAUCAAUUGCUCAG